GCCGCCCCCGCGCAUCAUGGCCGCCGCCGGCCGUUGCUGAGGCGUCUCCGUCACUUCUUCCUCCCCACAUGGAGGGCGGCGAUGGGCUCUCUGAGCAGCCGGCUGCUGAGGCGGCGGGGCGGCCUCUCGCUCGGAGACGGGGCGGCGGGGGAGGGCGGCCGCGGCGGAGGGGGUGGGGGGCGUCGAGGAGGAAAGAGAAAGCGCGGAGGGGGCGAAGGGCCCGGUGACAGCGAGAGCGACAGCGACAGCGAGCGGGAAGAGCGGCUCCACAGCGCCCCCCGCAGGAAAAAGCUGAAAAGCACCUCCAUGUAUAUUUACCAGACUCUGUUUCUGAACGGAGAGAACAGCGACAUCAAAAUCUGCGCCCUGGGAGAGGAGUGGAACUUACACAAAGUGUACCUGCGCCAGACGUCAGUGGGUGAUAGCAUCUCACAGUGUGCGCAUCCACUGCUGGGGAGGAAAGUCCUAGCAGAGCAGCGCAUUUCACUCCGCUGGGACGGAAACCUUUCACCCUCUAGUUUUAAAUGCCUUACCUUAAGUCUAAAGUCAGGAUACUUCUCCAGCAUGUUCAGCGGCUCCUGGAAGGAAUCCUGCAUGGAUACCAUCGAGCUGGAGAUCCCCGACCAGAACAUCGACAUAGAGGCCCUGCAGGUGGCAUUCGGCUCUCUGUACCGGGAUGAUGUGCUGAUAAAGCCCGGCCGAGUGGUUGCGCUGCUGGCGGCCGCCUGCAUGCUGCAGCUGGACGGUCUGAUCCUGCAGUGCGGGGAAACGAUGAAGGAAACCAUCAAUGCCAAAACUGUGUGCAGUUAUUACAACUCGGCGGGGACGUACGGGUUGGACUCGGUGAAGAAGAGGUGCCUCGAGUGGCUGCUGAACAACCUGAUGACUCACCAGAGCGUUGAACUCUUCAAAGAGCUCAGCAUAAACCUCAUGAAGCAGCUGAUCAGCUCUUCUAAUCUCUUCGUGAUGCAAGUGGAGAUGGAUCUGUACACUGCUCUCAAGAAGUGGAUGUUCCUGCAGCUCGUGCCUUCCUGGAACGGGCCUCUGAAACAGCUCUUAGCACAAGCUGAUGCCUGGUUUGCUGAGCGAAGGAGAGAGCUGGAGGGCGAUGCUGCAUUCCUGGACAUGGAGCAGGGCGCUGCCUUCCGGCCCGUGUUCGCACACCUUCGCCUGCAGUACAUCAUCAGUGACCUGGCAUCUGCUCGGAUCGUGGAGAGGGACGCCCUGAUCCCCCCAGAGUGGCUGUCCUCGGUGUACAAACAGCAGUGGUUUGCCAUGCUCCGAGUGGAACAGGACAACGACACCGGGCCCCAAGAAAUCAACAAGGAGGAGCUGGAGGGGAGCAGCAUGAGGUGCGGGCGGAAGCUAGCGCAGGACGGCGAUUACUGCUGGCGCUGGACCGGCUUCAACUUCGGCUUCGACCUCCUGAUCACUUACACCAAUCGUUACAUCAUCUUCAAGCGGAACACGCUCAACCAGCCAUGCAGCGGCUCCGUCAGCCUGCAGCCCCGGCGCAGCAUCGCCUUCAGGUUACGCCUCGCCUCCUUUGACAGCAGUGGGAAAAUAAUCUGCAGCAGAACCACGGGGUAUCAGAUCCUGAGCCUGGAGAAGGACCAGGAGCAGGUGGUGAUGAACCUGGACAGCCGCCUGCUCGUCUUCCCCCUCUACAUCUGCUGCAAUUUCCUCUACACGUCGCCGGAGAAGAGGGCGGGCGGCACUGCGGCACCGGAGGGCACAGAUCAGCACUGAGUGCACUGCUGCAACCCGGAGCCCAGCCUGCAUUGCUCCACCACUGCAGGUGCUCAGAGCCCCCCCCCAGCAGCCCAACAGCCGUGCUGGGAGCGGCUCACACCUCCGCCACGGGGGGAACCCACCCCGCUUUCGCUCAGGAACACUGUGACCACGGAGUGCCUUUGGGCCGUCCCGAUGGGGUGGUGAAGGCUCAGCGCCUUCGUUCCUUUGUUUUAUGUUGGACUGUUGUUGUUGUUGUUGUUGGGAAUUUACAGCCCAAUUUUUUUUGCAUUCCGAGAGGGAAAGCUGCCCUCUCAAAGCCUCUUUUUUUUUUAAUAUUGUCAAAAAAAAAAGCUUAAAAAAAAAAAAACACCCUGCUUGGACGUGGUAAUGAGGAUGGGAGCGUGGGGUGAGGCGGAACGCACGGCACGGUGCCCAUAAAUGGGGUGAGGAGGAAUGCUGUCCAUCGACCCCCGUUGUGCCACGGGUUCAGCACGGCCCAGAAACGGAGCUCAGUCGGUUCCACGUUUUUAUUGGGGCGCGGGGGAGCCGAGGAGUACAACACCACCACCACACUGCCAGGGAAACCGGUACGAAAAGUACAAAAAUAAGGAAGCCUCUCUAUCUCUCUUAUCUAUCACGGCUAAAAAUAAAUAGUGUAAACACGAGAGGAGAACA